AUGGCUUCAUUUCGAGAAAUCACCGCGCCCAACGGGCAGCGCUACCAGCAGCCCACUGGCUUGUUCAUCAACAAUGAAUUCGUACCCGCAACGGGCGGGCAAUCAAUCACCUCUUUGGACCCCGCAACCGACAAGCCCAUUGCCACCGUCGAUGCUGCCAGUGCCGCCGAUGUUGACCGCGCAGUCCAAGCCGCCAAAGCUGCGUUGGCGCAUCCCUCGUGGAAGCUCCUCCCCGCAACAGACCGGGGUCAAUUGAUGGCCCGACUGGCCGAUCUGCUUGAGCAGAACAGGGAGCUGCUGGCAACUAUCGAUGCCUGGGACAAUGGAAAACCCUACCACGUCGCAUUCGAGGAAGAUCUCACUGAAGCCAUCGGCACCAUCCGAUACUAUUCUGGCUGGGCCGACAAGACCUUCGGACAGACCAUCAACACCACCCCUCAGAAAUUUGCCUACACCAUCCGCCAGCCGGUCGGCGUUGUGGGCCAGAUCAUCCCUUGGAACUACCCUCUUUCCAUGGCCACCUGGAAACUAGGACCUGCCCUGGCUUGCGGUAACAGCGUUGUCCUGAAGCCGGCCGAACAAACCCCACUCAGCGCUCUUAUCCUGGGUAAACUGAUUAAGGAGGCCGGGUUCCCACCGGGCGUGGUCAAUAUCGUUAAUGGCUACGGCCGUGACGCCGGUGCCGCGCUUGCAUCGCACCCGCUCGUCGACAAGGUCGCUUUCACCGGGUCGACAGGGACAGCACGCGAGAUUAUGAAGAUGGCCGCGGGGUCGCUGAAGAACAUUACUCUGGAAACGGGCGGCAAGUCACCGCUGCUUGUGUUCCCCGACGCGGAUAUGGACCAGGCGGUUAAGUGGUCGCAUUUCGGUAUCAUGUCGAACCAGGGCCAGAUCUGUACGGCUACGUCGCGGAUCUUCGUGCACCGGAAGAUUCUGCCUACUUUUCUGGAGAACUUCAAGAAGGCUGUUGAGAGUGUCAAGAUUGGCGACCAGUGGGAUGAGUCGACUUUCCAGGGUCCCCAGGUCACCCGUCCCCAGUAUGAGCGCAUUCUUUCAUUCAUUGAGAUUGCAAAGAGUGAGGGUGCUACAAUCCUGACCGGUGGUGCUGCCCACGCCCUUUCCGACCCCAAGAACAAGAAUGGGUACUUUGUCAAGCCGACUGUCAUUACCGAUGUCACCGAUUCGAUGCGCAUUGUCCAGGAGGAAGUCUUUGGGCCUGUUGUUGUGAUCCUGCCAUUUGAUACUGAGGAAGAGGCUAUUCAGCGUGCGAACAAUACUACGUAUGGCCUGGGUGCUGCGGUGUUCACGACUGAUCUUGAGCGGGCGCACCGUGUCUCGGCUGAGCUGGAGUCUGGUAUGGUAUGGGUGAACAGUAGCCAGGACUGCGAUCCCCGUAUUCCGUUCGGUGGUGUUAAGCAGAGCGGUAUUGGUCGUGAGCUUGGCGAGGCUGGCUUGGAGGCUUAUAGCCAGAUUAAGGCUGUUCAUGUUAACAUGGGCACUAAGCUGUAA